GAAUGUUGGUGGUGAAAAUGGACAGGAAGUCCUGAGCUGCCACAAAGUGGUUUUACUUUGGCAUAAAUUCGUCAUUCCUGUAAUAUGGUGAAUUUCUGUCCAUACGAUUUACUUACUCAUAUUUUCUCUAAAAUGAAUCACAUUUACAAGAAAUUGCUUAAAAUAUAUAUUUAGGUCUUCUUUAACAUUCAAAUAUGCAUAAUAGAUAUAAAAAUUACAAUUUUGUAUUUUACACGCCUUUUAUUGAUAUAUGCAUUUAGUUUUAUAAUAUCUUCACUCCAAAGUAUGAACUUCCACAAGAACCUCCAACCAGCAAAUGAUAAAAAUCUCAAAAUAUUCUGUAAGUUAUAGACUAGGCUAAACUCUUUCUAAUCAUGCACACAAAUCAAAUGGAACUAUAGUUAUUUUUUACAAUUUUUUUAAAUUGUCCCUGAAGUCAUCUUCCACCCUGUUAGCAUGUACUUUCUCACUUUCCAAAAAUGGCUACAGUUCCUUUGAGACCAUUUUCCUGAAGUGACAUCUUUUUUCGGUGGGAAUUCAACUGUGCAAACUGAUGUACGCUACGCUUCAACUAUCACUCCUACCUUUUUCUUUUUAAUUUAUAAAAUGUUAUCCUGCUUGACACAUUCUUAAAGUUUCAUCUGUUAGGCUACGUUAUGGUGAAAGUUUGUCCAAUCAAAAAAAUCAAGGGUGGACAGUAACAAAGUACAUUUACUUGAGUACUGGACCUAAGUACAUUUUUUGAGUAUCUGUACUGUACUUGAGUAUCAGCUUUUUUAGAGACUUAUUACUUUUGACUCCACUACAUUUCUAUGAAGGUUUUCGUUGCUCAUUACAAAUGAUCUUUUCUAUAUACAGUAUAUUUUUUGUAUAUUGAAUAGUUUUUCUUUAUUGCUAUAGUCACUUAUUUCUUUUUAUUACUCCAUCUGCUGCUGUAACAAUGCAAAUAUCCCAAAUGUGGGAUUAAUAAAAGUUAUCUUAUCUUAUCUUGUCUUACACACUAUAUUGUAUAGGUACAGACAGAGGCAAUUCUAGGGAAUUUGAGAGCCCCAGGCAAAAAACUCCAUGGGCAACUCCCCCUCCCCUAGCAUGAUACAAUUUGUUACCUUUUUUCAGUAAAGUGUACAUUAAUAAUAUCAACAAAGACAAUUUAAUAAACACAAAACCUUUAUUUUCACUUUUGUGAAAAACAGAGUACACAAAUAAAGCAGAUUUGACAUUGCAAUGUACUAUGUGUAAUUGGCCACCCUUGGGAGCCCCCUCCCAGCUCGGGGCCCCAGGCCCUUGCCUGCCCUGCCUGUCCUGUCCUGUCACUCCACCUCUGAGUGCAGGUCACACACCAUAGGUGGCAAAGCAUGCAGGGCAAUAAGGGAACUCAUCUACUGUUAGAACCUGUUAAUAUUGUUGUUCCAUUCCACCUUGAUAUACUCCAUUCCACCCUGUUAUGCUCCAUUCCACCCUGAUAUACUCUAUUACACCCUGUUAUACUCCAUUCCACCCUGUUAUACUCCAUUCCACCCUAUUAUACUCCAUUCCACCCUGAUAUACUCCAUUACACUCUGCUAGACAAGUCAUUUUUAAAUAAUAAUUUGAUAGGAUCACGAAAUGUUUUUUUGUGUUAUUUUGGAAGGUGAGGAAAAUUAACAGCAUAUAUGUGUUUUGUACAAAAUUUUGGUAUUAUUUGCCAUCCUGUCAGUGAAAAUGGGCACAAAAAAGUAGUGGUUCUUAAUAAUCAAGACAUAUUCUUGUCAUCAAUAAUUGUUUUGUUAUUAUUUCAAGAAUAAAAAUACGAUGGUGGCAUAAGGUACUAUCAAAGAAAAGCUCAUUAUUGUUUAACAUUUACACUAUUAACAUUUUGUGAUCAUUUAUGCCCCGUAUAAUGUACUCAUAAUUAAUACAGAGCACGUUUUUACUUCAUAAUUACGUUUCUGUUGGUUUGUUAUAUUUUGUGGUUCCCUGUCAAAGGAGAGAAAACGAACUAUUAUUGCAAUUUUUAUACCCCUCCCUACCCAAUACAAACAAUACAUAUCAUAAAUCUUUUUUUAAAUAAACUGAAACAAAUACCCUGUGGUUAAGCACGUUGAGCUUUAGGCAGAUUUAGUACAUUUCGUAAAUAUAACACUGUUAUAAGACAGUUUUGAAGCACGUGGAUCAUACAGUAAUACAGUAAACGCAUUACAGAAUUAUUGUGGAUGACGUCUAUAUGCUGCGACGGGCUAAAAUGUGUGUACAUUUAAGACGCUGGGAAGAGGUGGAGGUUUCAUGCGUAGUAAAGGGAUGUUGAAUUAAACCAUAAAUUGAACCGUUUUUGUUGCCAAACUAUAAGGUGUGCCUCCCCGUCGAUAUUUUCAGCGGGGUGUUUGGCGUCAGUGAUCAUGUCUGUGCUAUUUUUUUAUUUUUACAAAUCAGUCUGAUAGAACUGUGCGUGUGCUUGCUUAUAUAUAUUGUUUUUGCAUAUCAGUGUGCAUCAUUGCAUUCUGUCCUUGUUUAUGAAUGCUUGGAUUUUCUUGUAUAGCUGUUAUUUUUAUAUAUAUAUAUUGUAUUUACAUAUUAACAGCUACAGGUAUCCAUUAACUAGUAUAUCUGUCUAAGUGCAUGACUAAUAAUAUAGGCAAGUAAAUUGUUUUAUAUUAUAUAUAUAUAUUGAUUAUAGUGCCUUUUGCAUGUUAGAUAUCAGCUUGAUAACUAAUAAGUGAAUGUACCACUCGUGUGAUUGUGUGCCUUUGCAGUUUGCUGGCCAGGUGAGUCAGACAGUAAAUGUUCAACAAUGUGUUCAGGAAGUGGUUGGUCAGCUGGCGUGUGACUGUGACUGUGCGUCUGUCCAUCUGGACCGGUCAUUGUGCCUACGAUUCAGGCCUGAUCCAUGACAGAGUACUAUGAGGAAGGGGGGCUGCUGUAUGAGCAUUCACCCCCAAUGCACAUCAAAGUAGAGUCUCCUGAAGGACCCAUCGAAGCUGGGGUCUCAGAGGAUGGCCUCACGAGGGAGGAUGACGAUUCCGAGGGCAGCUGUGACCAUGAAGGAGCCCUGCCUGGUGGGCUCCCUUUCAAUGUGGUGGUUGUGCACCCCAAUAUCGUGGUUCCAGUGAUGCCGACAGAUGAUGAUAUCAUAUCUCUUGAACAAAAUAGCAGUGUCUCUGCUGCAAUUGCAGCUGGAGGUGGGGGGAAGCGAAAAAGCCGCUUCAGUGGGGCAGAGCUAGAAGUGCUAGUAUCAGAAGUGACCCGGUGUGAGGGGGAGCUCUUUGGGCCGGCAGGACGACUCCGACGUAGGGAAAGGGAACAGAUCUGGGGCAGCAUCCUUGAUCGGGUCAACGCUGUCUCCCGUGUUCCCCGCACACUUCGUGAGGUCAAGAAGCGCUGGGAUGAUCUCAAAAGACGCAACGGGGGCAGGUUGGCCGAUGCCCGUCAUCGCAGUUAUUGCUUGCCACCUGGUAGAGGAUUGUCUAGCCUGAACAGAUCCAGACAGACAAGCCCCAAGCUUCAUCAGGCUCAGAAGAGAAUAGCAAACAGGGCAAAAUCCACUUAUCCCUGCUUCACAGAUGCUGAUGCAGUAAUGGGAGGAACAGGGAAUGGAUCCGAAAGAGAUGGCUUUGAGAACGAGGAUGAGGCAGGAGGGAGAGGCGUGGAUGAAGGAGAGGGAGAAGGCGAUGGAGGCGAGAGCAGCAUAGAGGACAAACUCGGAUUGGGAUUGAGUCUAGGACUGGGGCUGCCUACGACAUCUGAACGCUGGUUGCCUCCCUCUCCACUAUAUAGUGCUCCGUUUCUUAAUGGGACCCCACAGCCCAGCCCUCAACCGUCCGUUGGGACACAGCACGAGCCCCUGGAGGCUCCAACACGCACCUCCUGGCUAGAGGAUGAACUCAGGGGGUUGGGUGAAGCGGCAGUUCAGCUUGGGAACAGGGUGGAACAGAGUCUGCGGGACUUUGGGGAAGGUUUUAGACAUGAUGUGCGAACACUGGUGGCCUCACAAGAAAGCCUCUGUGUCAGCCUCCAGCAAAAUAAUGUGCUUCUACAAAGGCUUUUGGGUAUUCUUGAGAUGCAACAGCAGCAACAAGCAUCUAACAUUCAUCCUCCCCCUACAGUAUCACCAGUAAUGCCACCUGUACCACCCCAAGCUGAAAACUUAGAUGGUAACAUCCAACCCAGUCCAUCACUAGAAAUAUCUGGGACAGUACAACAGCCGCGGCGGGGGCGGUCAAGUGAACAGAGAAGGCGACGACGGCGUUAGCAACAGUACAUUUUUAAAAAUGCUAUAAUUUAUUUUUGUUUAGUAUUUAAAUAUAACAGAACCAUCACAAUGUUACCCCAGUGUUACCAAAGUCAUCUUCUCAGUCCAGCAAUGCCUUUUACUCUGUAGAAAACAUUUUGAUUUAAAUCGAAUGUCAGUGUUGAGAAAGGUCUAAUUUAGGUAACAGAUGUUUUAUUGUGAAUAGACAAUCAGAAUUAUAUUGAUUUAAAAUAUUGAUAUAUUUAAAGUAUUUUGCCCCAUUUUGAUGCACUUAUUCACUUUGGCAAAUUAUAUUUCAUUGUCUAUUUUCUUCUGAUUUCUGAUUCAUGCAUAUUAAUUGUGUUGUAUGCACUGCUGUCCUGCAUGCAGUCUCCAGCCGGAGAGAAUAAAAUGCAAAGGACCUCCAAAUAAAUUUCACACUAAUGUACUAUUUUGCACAAUUUGUAUUGUCUUGUAAAUAAAAAAGAGCAUUUGAUUUCUUAAGAUGUAUAUGAUUAUGUAAGUGUAAAUAAACACAGCCCUGACAUAGCAUUACUCUUGUUGGGAUUAUGUUUGUAUGCUGUUAAAAUGUAGCCAAACUGAUUUUCAAUAGACUACAAACUUAUU